CCUUUCAAUAAAGCUUCCGCAGUUUGAAUCAUCAUGGCAGCCGGUGAAGCGUCCUUGCUGGCGCUUGGAGUUCAGUUCUGUAUGAAAAACAAGCUACUUUCGAAGUCAACUUUGCCUAGUAUUAUCAGCUGUAUUAGAAGAGGUCUUGCCACAAGUGUGCUGUCUCAGACUGUUGAAGAGCCCAGCGCCACGACCUCUCCAAGCAGCAGCAGUUUUGGUGGACCCUUGGAGCAUUACAACAGUCUUAUUCGAGAUGGACAGUUACGAGAGGAUCUGCAGCAAAAGGCUGUUAUGGAAAAACUGGAACAGAUGCAAAAGAAUCUUCGAGGGUACAGCAAUGACCGCUCAUCGUUUUUUUCAAAGUUCUUCUCCCAGAGAAAGCCACCAAAAGGUUAUUACAUAUAUGGAGACGUUGGCACAGGAAAAACUAUGGUUAUGGACAUGUUUUAUAAUCAUGUAGAGACAGAGAAGAAAAAAAGGGUCCAUUUUCAUGGAUUUAUGUUGGAUGUACAUAAACGAAUCCAUCGGCUCAAGCAAAGUUUACCCAAAAGAAAAGUGGGUAAAAUGGCAAAGGCGUACGAUCCUAUUGCUCCGGUUGCAGAAGAAAUCAGUGAGGAAGCCUGCCUUCUGUGUUUUGAUGAGUUUCAGGUCACUGACAUCGCAGAUGCCAUGAUCCUUAAGCAGCUCUUUGAGAACCUCUUCCUUAAAGGGGUUGUUGUUGUUGCCACGUCCAACCGGCCUCCUGAUGAUCUGUACAAAAACGGAUUGCAGAGGGUGAACUUUGUGCCAUUCAUCGCUGUGUUAAAGGACUAUUGCCAAACACUACGUUUGGAUUCUGGGAUAGAUUAUCGGAGGAGAAAUUGCCCGGCAGCCGGGAAACUCGUCUACCUUUCCAGUGAACCCGAUGUUGAUGCAACCCUCGACAAGCUGUUUGAUGAGAUGGCCUUUAAACAGAAUGACAUUACCCGACCCAGAUCUCUAAAGGUACAUGGAAGGAUACUGACGCUUGACAAAGCAUGUGGGACCAUAGCAGACUGCACCUUUGAGGAGCUGUGUGACCGGCCUAUAGGAGCCAGUGACUACCUGGAGAUGUCUGCUGUGUUUGACACGGUUUUCAUCCGAAACAUUCCUCUGCUUACUUUGAACAAGAAGACGCAGGCCAGACGCUUCAUUACUCUCAUUGACACACUAUAUGAGCACAAGGUUCGUGUGGUGCUUCUGGCAGAAGCUCCAUUAGAUGAGCUGUUUGUUUGGGAACAUCACGACGAUCAUGAUCAUCAUGACACUCAUGUUUUAUUGGAUGAUCUGGGCAUUUCAAGGGAUUCAGGCAGCUCUCUGGCGAUCUUCACAGGAGAAGAGGAGGUGUUCGCCUUCCAGAGGACGGUCUCUCGACUCACUGAGAUGCAAACAGAGGAGUACUGGGUUGCAGGAGAGCGGAGCUCUAAGUAGCUUUUAUCAUUACUAACUCCAUAUACAGCAGCCAUCUCAACUAUCAUAAGACUCAGCCUCUGGUGAGGUCUUGGGAUCAACUCCAUUUUGAUUUGGUUGAGGAUUGUAUUUUAAUCAGAACUGUUUGGUAUAAUGCUGCACUUUAUAAACGCACAUGCAAAAAUGAACGUGACACUUUUGAAAGAUAGGCAGGUUUUUUGGAGGAAUCCGGAUGCAAAUCUGCCAAAGAUAUGUUUUAAAAUCAGCCUGCCUUUCUGGUUUGUAAAAAUGUUUUAUUGACAGCCGCCUAUAUUGUCAGAUUAUUGAUAUGCAACCUAUUUAAGAUUAAUGCUUGCAUUAAAAUUAUUUUAACUUUUA